UAUUAAUAAACGAACAUGAUUCUACUAUAAUCUCAUGUUCACAUCCGUUGUGUACAGAACAGGUUGUACAGAAAGUAUUGUAUUGUUUUAAAAAAUAUUUGUUAAAUAGUAUAAAGUAAGUAUUUAAAUAUGGCUGCAAUAAAUACAGAAAUUAUGAAAGUAUUUGGAUUUUGGAGUAGUGUGUUAGUUUUAAAAAUGCUUGCAAUGGUAAUUCUAACUGCACGUUAUAGAUUUACAAAAAAGAUUUUUGCAAAUUCUGAAGAUAUAUUUUCAAAAAAAUGUAAAGUGGUUUAUGAUGAUCCAGAUAUAGAACGUGUGCGUAGAAAUCAUCUCAAUGAUCUUGAAAAUGUCCUUCCUUGGUUUAUAAUCACUUAUAUUUGGCUAACAACAGGACCAUCUAUUUGGUUGGCUGGAAUUUUAAUCAAAACUUUUGUAAUUUCUAGAAUUAUACAUACUUUAGUUUAUGCUGUUUUUCCACAGCAACCUGCUAGAUUUUUGUCCUUCUUCUUUGGUUAUUGUAUUAUGGGCUAUGAAGCUUUUGCUUCUUUAUUAUAUUAUUUGUAAGUUGUUUAAAAUGAAACUUACAUGAAUGGAAAAAUUC